ACAAUAAAUAAUUUGUUUUUGCUGUGUGAGAGCAAGGACAAUUCAAUUGCGGGGGUUUUGAACAGAAUUUUGCCAAACAACGAUAAAAUCAUUACGUUUUAAUAUUCUUUGUGUUUUUUAUAACAUACAAUUAGUGAAUCGAUCGAACGAUUGAUGCAUCAAUCGAUCGAUCGACACCGAUGAGCUUCCAGAAGGUUUUGGAGAGUUCAAAUUUGCUUGAGCAUUCUUCUUUAGUUUGGAUGAAUUGAUGUGAGUUGAUUGGAUGGAAUAUUAUGGAGCAAAUUCUGCAAUGCAGAGGAUCGAUCCUGUUUCUGAUUGGAAUUUGCAGCCCGAGAGCAGCCUUGAGGAAGCAAUGCGGCAAAUGAGCAUGCAAUCUCAUGAUAUGCUGCAAAGAGGAUCAGGUCCUUAUCCAGAGAGACCAGGGGAGAGUGAUUGUGCUUAUUACAUGCGGAAUGGAGUUUGUGGUUUUGGUAUGAACUGCCGCUUCAACCAUCCUCCCAACAUCAAUCUGGGUGCUCCAGCUGCAAGAAACAAAGGGGAAGAGUAUCCUGAACGUCCUGGUCAGCCUGAAUGUCAGUAUUUCUUGAAGACAGGAAGUUGCAAAUUUGGUGCUACAUGCAAAUAUCAUCAUCCAAGAUACAAGGUGGGAAUGGAAAAUCAGGUUGCACUAAAUGUUCUUGGCUAUCCAUUAAACCCGAAUGAGAAGGAAUGCUCUUUCUAUGUACGAACAGGACAGUGUAAGUAUGGAACAAGUUGUAAGUUUCAUCACCCGCAACCACUUGGAGCAUCAGUGACAAUACCUGGGUCUCCUUUUUAUCCAUCCGUCCCUGCUUUACCAAUACCUGGCCCUCAGCCAUAUGCAGGAGGGCUGCCAGCAUGGCAAAUUUCUAGGACACCAAUAAUGUCCAGCUCCUAUCUGCAAGGCCCUUCUGGAUAUGUUCCUUUAAUGCUUUCUCAGGGGAUGGUAUCAGUUCCUGGAUGGAGUUCAUACCCUGUUGAACAAGGGACAAUUACAUCAUCUGAUGGUUUGCAUCCUGGAUCUGGAACUGGUUUAUUUUAUGGACCUAGACACCAAAUGGAUUCAAUGAAUACCAGUAUGCCAGGUAUAUUUUCUUCAUAUUCAUCCCGACCUGUGGCUACAUGGUUUCCAUCAAUUAGUACACAAGCAGAGCAUGUGUUUCCAGAGAGACCUGGUCAACCAGAAUGCCAGUUCUAUAUGAGAACAGGCAGCUGCAGAUUUGGCUCAACAUGUAAAUACCAUCAUCCCAGGGACAGGCAUUUGUUGACAAACUGUGCACUCAAUCCUAUGGGCUUGCCGUCGCGCCCGGGGGUUCCAACAUGCUCUUACUAUGCGCAGCGUGGAAUUUGCAAAUAUGGACCAACUUGCAAAUAUGAUCAUCCUUUGGGGACUCUCAGUUAUAGUCCUUCUGCAUCCUCUCUAACUGAUAUGCCGGUGGCUCCUUAUCCCGUGGGCUUCUCAUCGGCCACUCUUGCUCCAUCAUCUUCGUCUUCAGAUUUACGGCCAGAAGCUGCUGCUGGGUCGUCCAAAGAGCCAAUUUCUACAUCACAAGCUGCUCCCCUUUCUUCUACUGGUGAGGUUUUAGGCUCAGGAGCACCAGUUACAACAUUAAGCAGCUCAGCAGGUUCUACUUUUUCAGGGAUUGAUCAAAAGUGAUUGCUUCAAAAGAGUCAAACCAGGUUCCUGUCCUUUCUACUACAAAGGAUGAUACAUUUCCCCGUUCAAGCUGAAAUAACCUAUAAGCAGUUCCGACUGGUUGCGACCGGAGCCUUACUUUUAUGUUCAUUAUGAUCUGAAUCUUCUCCUCUUGCUCUCACAUCCUAAGUUUAUCAUGGUAAUGUCAAUGUAAUCUCAAUGAAACAAAAUUCCUUCACCCUGUUUUUUUCGUUUACUGAAAGAUUGUGGUCAGAUUUUGGUUGGGAAUAAGCCUCCUUGAACUUGUUUCUGUGUUAUUUUUGAACCCCUAGCUUUUGUGUCAAUUUUUUUGAUCUUCCCUAGUUCCAACCCCUCAAUCCAGUUCUAUGAGGCUUAAUCCUCAUACUGCUCGGAAGAUUUAAAAUUUUGGUCUGUGCUUGACAGCACUUAAUUUCAUCUUGUUCACAUAUUUAUCUAUAUGUCGAUCUUGUCAUUGAGCUGACAAGCCUUGCUUAGAAUCCAUUUGAUGCUUCUUGGGUCAUUCAUUUGAAUACCUGGCUAUCACAUUUUGAUGAUCAUAGGGACUCUUUGGAGUGCUGCAAAGAUUGGGUAAAUUCUCAAAGCAGUUAUUAGCAGAGCAUACCAAACUUCCAGUGCCUAGUUGAUUUCCAUUCAAUUUUUUGAAGCAUAUAGUCCGCUUGUGUUUUACAGUUCACUGGAAUGCAUGUAGAGAAUGUAUAUACCUCAACGUUGAGAUCCAUCACGAUCUUCAGCAAAGGUUAUUUUUUGUGCUCUGAAGCACCGCAUGCUUCGGUCCUAACUCUUCGAUUUUGGCAUUUGUAAUACAUCAAAAUCAGUUUUUACAAACUUCAUUUUUGAAGAUAUGUUACAGAGCUUUAAAUGUGGAGGCUUGAACAAUGUCAAUUCAUGAGAAUAAAGAGAAUUAUAUCCAUAGUUUUAUGUA